AUGACUGGUUUGUUAAAGAAACGAGGAAAGAAAAAGCAUAAGAAAGUGGCAAAGACGUUAUUGAUCGAUGAGCCUGAGGUAGAAGAGCCGGUUGUAACUGCGGAAGAAGAUCCAUAUGCUGAUAUUGAUCAAGUGAUGUUAAAUGUUGAUGAUUUAGUGACUGAGCAAGCAGCUAAUGUGGAUGCUGAGAAAGAGAAGGUCAUUGAUGAUGUCGAAGGGGAUGUCAAUAAAAGUACAACAAGUUCUUCGAGUUCUUCUGAUGAAGAAAUAGAUGAGACUGAACGUCUAAGAAGAAUUCAAGAAGCUACAGAGAAAGAGAAACAAUUAAGGAAGAGGAAGAGACAGGAGAAAGAUGAUGCUGCUUAUAUCCCAUCACCUGAACACGUUUCUGAAUCUCAAUCACCUUCGAGUGGUAAAAAGAAAGCAGGUGCAAGAAAAAGGAUUGUAUCUCCGAAAAUUAAGAAAGUUACCACGAAGUUUACAAAGCCGAAGAUUGUUCUGAAAAAGAAGUCGGCCAAAGAACCCAGUAAACCACAAACACCACCACAUGAGCCGACACUACAUCAAUCACUAAUACAAUCACCACCACAUCAAUCACCUCCACGACAACCUUCACCUCCAAAACAACCAACUCCACCGAGACAACCUUCACCAUUACAUCUUUCACCGCUACAUCUCUCACCACCACAAUAA